UAUAGAUGAUUUUCUGUGUUUGUUUCCUCACUACAGUUCAAUUGGUGUUCUGUAGUUGCUAGGUUCUCACAGAGCUUAAAUGGUGGGGAGAAGGAAGCCUCUCGUGCUUUCUUCUACAAAAUCACUUCUCAAUUCCGUGUUCAAUUCAUCCCAUAAAGAAAAAAUAAAUGGAAUUGACGGUGCUUCGGUUAACAAAUACUCCCUCGGCGACGGCGAUGGCGAUGCACCGACUAUGUUGCAGUUGCGUGCGGGUAUUCUUAGAUUGUCUGAGGACAAAUUAGGCAAGAAGGUGGCUUCUCUCGACGAUGCUGCCUUGAUUGGGCUUUCUACAUCGCUUCUCAAAAGGCUACUGAUUACCUCGGGUUCACUGGUAAUUGUUAAAAAUGUGGAUUCCCAGAUACAAAGAAUCAGUCAAGUUGUGGCUCUUGAUCCUCCCAGUGUUCAUGAUAUCACAUCUCACAACGAAUCACUCUCAUAUGCAAUGCUUGCAUUUCCUUCAUGUAGUUUCCCUACAAUUAAUCAUGUACCAUUAGCUACAGAAGUUGCCUAUGUCUCUCCUCUUUUAGCGUUUAAUCUUGGUUUGCAUACCUCAUGCUUGAGACUGCUUCUUCACCAUGGAGAAACAAAAUUGGCUUCUUUAUUUGAAACUAAACAAGAAAAUGAACCGAAUGAGGACUUCUCUGUUAACCUAGAUAUCGAGCCUUUGACAAAAUCACCAAGAUAUGCCUCACAUUUGAGGGUAUCUUUUGUAAAGAUACCAGAAUGUGGUACCAUUGGUUCUCUUGUAGGAACUUCAUCCAUUGAAACUGAAAAUCGUCAGGAAAAGAUCGAUCUGGCCUUAAACGAGUACUUUUCCAUUGAUAGAUGUCUUGCCAGAGGUGAUGUUUUCAGUAUCUGCAUCAAUUGGAACUGCAAAUCAGCCAUAUGCAUUCCUUGUAGCCAAAAGAAACAAAAUGAUACCAAUUUAUACUUUAAGGUGGUUGCAAUGGAACCUUCAAAUGAACCGAUUCUUAGAAUCAAUCGUGCCCAAACUGCCCUUGUGCUUGCAGCAAGUACUCCAUCUGCUCUUCCUCCGGAUCUUUUACUUUCUGGUUCAAGAGGUUUUGCACCUUUACAUCAAGACACAGUAAAGACCCUGGCCUCUAUUAUCACACCAACUUUAUGCCCAUCAGCACUUUCAUCAAAAUUCAGGGUUGCUGUUCUUUUGUUUGGUUUACCUGGAUGUGGGAAGAGGACUGUUGUGAAGAAUGUUGCUUCUCAACUUGGGCUGCAUGUGACUUGUACAGAGGAUGUUGUAAAAGAUUUGGUUGGACAGACAUCCGGUUUCAUGCCAAGGGAUAUUAGGGCUUUAGUUGCUGAUGCUAGUUCAAGUUUGAUUCCUCUUAGUAUUAAUGGCAGUAGCUUUGAGAAGUUGGGUGACAGCAAAGAAUUCAUGGUCAAAGCUUUGGAGCGGUCAAAGAAAAGGAAUGCAUCGGCUUUGGGGACUCCCAAGGUCCCUAAUGUUAAGUGGGAGGAUGUUGGUGGGCUGGAAGAUGUGAAAAAAUCUAUACUUGAUACAGUUCAGCUCCCUCUUCUGCAUAAAGAUUUGUUUUCAUCUGGUCUGCGUAAGCGCUCUGGUGUUCUUCUCUACGGUCCUCCUGGUACAGGGAAAACGUUGCUGGCCAAAGCUGUUGCAACCGAAUGUUCUCUUAAUUUCUUAAGUGUCAAAGGGCCCGAAUUAAUCAACAUGUACAUUGGAGAGUCAGAGAAAAAUGUACGCGACAUAUUUCAGAAGGCUCGAGCAGCCCGUCCAUGUGUGAUCUUCUUUGAUGAACUCGAUUCUCUUGCUCCAGCCAGAGGUGCUUCCGGUGAUUCUGGUGGAGUUAUGGAUCGUGUAGUUUCUCAGAUGCUUGCAGAGAUCGAUGGCCUGAAUGAUUCAUCCCAAGACUUAUUCAUAAUUGGAGCAAGCAAUAGACCAGAUCUUAUAGAUGCAGCACUUUUAAGGCCUGGUCGUUUUGAUAAGCUACUUUAUGUUGGAGUCAAUUCAGACCCAUCUUAUCGGGAGAGGGUUCUAAAAGCACUGACCAGGAAAUUUAAGUUGCAUGAAGACGUGUCUCUUUAUGAAAUAGCAAAGAAAUGUCCCCCAAAUUUUACUGGUGCAGAUAUGUAUGCCUUGUGUGCAGAUGCUUGGUUCCAUGCUGCAAGGCGCAAGGUUUUAGACGCUGAUGCAGACACAGCUUCCAUGAAGGAUGAAGUCGAUUCUGUGGUUGUUGAAUAUGAAGAUUUUGUGAUGGUGUUAGUAGAGCUCUCUCCCUCACUUUCUCUAGCCGAGCUCAGAAAAUAUGAGUUACUCAGAGAUCAAUUUCAAGGAACCGGUACCUCUUCAAAAUAGAAGUCCAAGUCUAUUUUAAAAUU